AUGGCUGGAGUCAUGGAGCAGAAGAGCGGGCUGGUGCGCGGCAAGCUCGGCGAGGCCGGCAAGAGGAAUGGCCUGAUCAACACCAGAAGCCUCGUGUCUGAGAGCAGGGAUGGCCUGGUGUCCGUGUACCCGGCGCCCCAGUACCAGAGCUGCCGGAUGGUGGGCAAUGCGGCGCCGGCCGCCCCAGACGGCAGCAGGAACAAGCCGGUCCAGCAGCUGCUGGACCCCAACACCCUCCAGCAGUCGGUGGAGUCCCUCUACCGGCCCAACAUCAUCCUCUACUCGGAGGGCGUGCUGCACCCCUGGGGGGACAGCAUGGCGGCCGACUGCUGUGAGACCACCUUCAUCGAGGACCGGUCGCCCGCCAAGGAGAGCCUGGAGUACCCCGACGGCAAGUUCCUCGACCUCUCGCCCGAAGACAUCAAGAUCCACACGCUCUCCUACGACGUGGAGGAGGAGGGGUUCCAGGAGCUGGAGAGCGACUACUCCAGUGACACAGAGAGCGAGGACAACUUCCUCGUGAUGCCCCCGCGGGACCACCUGGGCCUUAGCGUCUUCUCCAUGCUCUGCUGCUUCUGGCCCCUGGGAAUCGCCGCCUUCUACCUGUCCCAUGAGACGAACAAAGCCGUGGCCAAGGGGGACUUUCACCAGGCCAGCACCAGCUCCCGGCGGGCCCUCUUCCUGGCCGUGCUCUCCAUCACCAUCGGGACCGGCAUCUACGUGGGCGUGGCCGUGGCCCUCAUCGCCUACCUCUCCAAGAGCAACCACCUAUGAGCCUCCCCGGGCGCAUGCGCAUGAAGAGCCUGGGCCAGUUGUGUGCGGGUGCAGAGGAGCGGGCCUGGCAAGGGUGGACACACAGGUAGACACACCUGCGUGAUGCUGUACAGUGUAAGUCAUCGCCAACGACGCCAUAAAGCCCUGGGACCUUCUGCCCAUGGAUUCCUUUUGUUUUCACCCUUUCAUAUCGUUUUCACAGCACUGUGCAGAGCAUGGGACAGAUGGGCACUGCUAACCCUUCUAAGGAAGCUCCAUAGAUCCCGACCCUCGCGGCUGUCUCUGGAUGGAUUCUGGUGGAUCAACGCUGGUGCCAGUGCCCGGAAUGCCAUAACAUUAGCAAUAGACGAACAGGAACACGUGUUUAUUUUUAUGGAAUAUGGUGCAACAGGCAGGGGGCAGGGGACACGUGCUCUUCUGUCUGUGGCCCCACCUGACUCCUCUGGCACUGCCCCCCAGGCCACGUGCCUUUCCUGCAGGAAGGCAACGGGCUGGGCGGCAAGAGAGACAGAGCAGCUGCUGGCAGGACCCCCAGCUGUCACGGCUCUCCAGAGGGGUCCAGCCCUGAGAAUGCAGAGCCAGAGUCGUUCCCAGGCCCAGAGUGUCACUCCCUCCACGCUGUCCCCAGCCUAGGAACGUCAGGCCUCCUCUGGAACGUGUCCAUACUCCGCAGCCACCACGCGGCAAUAUGCAAUCCCGGGGCCUCGUUGACCUGGGGCCCAGGGCAGGCCGGCCCCUCCCCAGACUCCUCCCAGAAGGACCCAGUUUUCUCCAGGAACUCCAGGCCAAGGAGCCAAGACGCCCCCUCAGCGUAAGGACGAGCGCAGGGGGAUGCUUCUACUCGCCUGCGCUGACAUUCACCUUGGUGAUGACAGUGACACUAGUGAUCUUACAGAGGACACGAACC